ACGCGAUCCGCAGUCUUCGACGGUUGUCCGUCCGUCCGUUGCGCUUUCCCGAUCUCGCAAUUUGUCGCAAAUUUUCGCUAAUCUUGAUCGGUAUGCCACAAAUAUAGUUAAUAAUGAAUAACAGAAGGCGCGCUCUUCCGGAUAUUAAUAUUAAUGUGAGAUAAAAUGGAAUGAGAAGAGAAUUUUACUUUGUUUUGGUACAGCUGAAAAUAAUUGUUUACUGGUGCAUAUUUAAAUUUUUCAAAGUUUGUGAAGUGAGGAAGCAGUACGAUCGAAGUGAUUGGAUAUUUCAUUACUGGAAGUCGUAUACCGUGAAAUGCUGAAAUUAUUUCUGCGAGAAGAGAUCAAGACGAAAGUCGUCCAUUGAGAAGAAAGCGAUUCUCAUCGAAGAUGAGAAGUGAGGAGAUGCUAGCAUGAUCGACAUCGGCGCGAUUAGUAUCCUGACGCUCUUCCUGAUCCUCGGCGACCUCGAGGCAGUCACAGUCGUAAACCAUCAUCCCGAUGAUGAGUAUGUCCUUGAACAUGAAGUCCUCCACGAGGACGCGCUCGCUGAAGCGAAGAAAUUGGAGAUAUAUCCCGGACCCAUUCCGGGAUGCAAGCCUUGCACCAAUUCCGAGAUGACUUACUGCAAAGAUGGGAGGGUCAUCAACGAUCACUGCUGCUGCGACGGCAGUUUCAACAGUAGGUAUUCCAAAGUGUUUCCAUUCGUCGAGCACACUUGUCGCAUGGGACCAGAGGAAUGCAAAGUGCAGGCUGAAGACUGCGCGGAAUAUACGAGACUGCGAGAAUGUUGUUGCCAUUCGUACUUGGCCUCCGUCUGGAAAUAUAGGGCGACUGGCGCAGGAUCGCACGACGCCAGCAUGACGAAUCUCACAAAGUUCCUCACGAUCUUAACGAUACUCAGUUUGCAUCUGUUGUUAACUUAAAAUUCACACUCGCAAUGUUAAAAAAAAAAAUAUUUUGUAUAUUAUUAUUUUAAUAAAUUAUUUUUGCAUCGAUCGAAAGAGAAUUCUUCGCGAUACGACGAAAAUAUAAAAUAUAUUUUUGUGAGAUACAUUAUGUAUUUUAUAAAACAGACGAAGCUUCAUUAUAUGUUAAUAAUAAUUAAUAAUUAUGUAUGUGUGUGUAUAUAUAUAAAAGAGAUGUAAAUAUAUUUUACGUAAAUUUCCAAAA